AAAGCGGAAGCGGAAACAACUAUUUGGCACAGUGUUUGCAAAUCUUCUGGUGUGAGCAUCAACGUCAAUUAAUUAACUUAUUUACUCCCUAAAAUGGCUCUUGAAUCAAGAAUCACACAAGAAGAGAUUCGAAAAAUCCCCGAAAAGCCUAUCGACCGAGAAAAGACUUGUCCUCUUCUGCUGCGGGUAUUUACGACCAACGGUGGCAGGCAUCACAGAGGGGACGAAUUCGCACGAGGACAAGUUCCUUCAAGUGAGCUGCAAAUCUACACAUGGAUGGAUGCCUCGCUAAAGGAGCUGACCAGCCUAGUGAAGGAGGUGUACCCUGAAGCUCGGAAGAAAGGAACACACUUUGGUUUCGCCAUCGUUUAUCCUGAGCCCAAAAGAAAUGGCUACAGAGUGAAAGACAUCGGCAACACUGUGUCAGGCAGGAAGGGGGAAAAUGACUCCAUGACGCUACAGUCGCAGCGCUUCCAGAUAGGAGACUACCUGGACAUAGCCAUCACACCACCCAAUAGAGCCCCCCCACUUAACCCACGCAUGGGCAUGGGGAGGCCCUUCUGAACGCAUCCACACCUGAACAUAACCAUCAUAUCACAAAACCCAAAGCCACCUCUAAACAUACAUAAAGCCUUUCUGAUCACACUGACUGACUCUUACCAUCUCUCAGGAGACUACCGUGACUUUCAAUAGGGCCAUCCUUCAGAUUUCACUGUCCCCCACAUACAUGCUUUUUUUGGGGCCUUUUUAUCUUCUGAUAGAUUAUAUUUAUCAGACAUGCAUGUUAAUUUUUUACCCUCUUGUCUCCCAUCUUGGAUAAUGUGAAAUAAAGUUGCCGUCUUUCGUCUUAAAACAAUUUCUGUCAUUCCUUUUUAUAACAAUACCAGCAGAUAGUGUUUGUGUAAUGCCUUGUCUGGUGUAGUUGGGGUUGUUGCAGUGUCAUGAUGGUUCCUAUAGGGGGCAGCAUUAAUACACAUACUGUUAACCCAGUCUAGACCCCUUCCCACUAGAACAGAGGAAGCCAUCUGGGGCCUUGUUUCCUUUCAUCCCAGCUCAUCUGUUUCCAAAGGCUUCUCUUGGAAUGUUUCUUUUUUUUUCAUCCGUAAUAUACUUUCUUUUUUUUGUUGUCCCCCCCCUCCUUGUGAAGAGUGAUGUAAUAAAGCUGUUGGCAUGGUGA